AUGAGAUCCUUCACCGCAGUAUCGAUUGCCACUCUGUUCGCAGCGUCAGGCUCAGCAAGCAUCUUCGGCCUACCAAAGAGACAACAAGUAUACGCCAUCGACCCAAACAGCGUUUCCAUGCCCACAAGAGACUUUUGGUGCAAACAACAACGCGCCCAAUGCCCCCUCAUCUGCUCCCAAACCACCCCCUCCCAAUCCCUCGGCACCCUCGCCAACGACUGCGACGACGACUCACUCACCUACGCCUGCGUCUGCGAAAACGGCCUGUCACCCAACGUCUCCGAGUACUCCCAGACUCUCCCCUACUACCUCUGCCAAGAAUGGGGCAACCAGUGCGUCUCCAACUGCGAUGGAAACAGUCAGUGCCAGGGAGCGUGUCGAGAUGACCACCCAUGUGGUGCGCAGAGUCCGACGCGCCAAAAUACGAGCACGCUGACGUCGACAAUCAUGAGUACUACCACGGCGGCUGGUGGAGCUGCGACGACGGAUGCGAGUGGGGAGACGAUAUACAGUGGUUUCGGAGGAGGAGCCCAGGCGACUAACACUGGUGGCAGUGGUGGCGGCGAGAGCGCUGCCACACACAUUCGUGUCUGGGCCUUGAGCGCAGGCCAGACGUUUGGCACGCUCGCUGUUGUGGCUGGCUUCGUCGGCGGCUUCGCUGUCUUGCUAUAG